GGGGUUGUUAUUAUUGCACAUGAUUUUUGUUUUGAUAGAAUUGCAUGCACUCUCAGCAGCAAACAGCUCUCUGUAACCUCCAGGUUUACCAUACAUUCUCUCCUCACCUCUCAUGGUGGAGGCACCACCCAUGACUCUCCCUCUGGGAGGCUGGACCCUCUCCUCUUCAAAGCAUUAGCAGCCUCCAGCUCCAUCACAGACCUGGGGAUCUCCUCGGGCUGACUGAGCUUCCAAAACUUCUUCAUUUACAGCGAGGAGAAGCAAGGAUCCCCAAUCCUGGCCACACGUGGACCUUCCUGUCUAUCCAGGAGACAUCUCGAUACCAUCGGCUCGGUGGGCACACUGGCUAAACCUGGAAUUAAUUAUUUCCUGCUUCCGAUGCCAGAUUUAGGGGACUUCUCGGGUUGAGGCUCCAAAAGUUCUUUCUAUUUUGCAAGGAAAAGAAAGGAAACGCAGUUUCUACCGUUCGUGGACUUCAGUCCCUGCCGUACAAAAAAAUUGAUACAUUGUUAACUGGUGGGAUUGAUACAUUGUCUGAAUGAUAUAAUCUGCGAUCACUGUGCACGAUCUCCCAGGAGAAGACACCAGUGACCAGAGACUCCAGAGAAUAACUGCUCGUUCCCUUACAAACGGUCCCUGGACUAGAAUUGGGGCACUCUAGACGCAUGAAUGAAGAUGUUGUCUAUAUUUGUGAAUGAAGAUGCCUACAAGAGAAGGUUUAUUAAAAGCCACCAGGCUAAGUAAUUAAUGACUGGUAGGAAUGGGCUUUAUUUUUGUAACACUGAUGGACAUUUAAGAGUAUAUAGAUUAUCAAAUGUUUUAGAAUGACACAUAAUACCAGCAGCACUUAUUCUAGAGUAAAUGUAUAUGGGCUUUAUUUUUGUAACACUGAUGGACAUUUAAGAGUAUAUAGAUUAUCAAAUGUUUUAGAAUGACACAUAAUACCAGCAGCACUUAUUCUAGAGUAAAUGUAUAUGAUUUGGCUUCAGGUGGAGUAAUGUUUGAGAAGAGGACAUUAAUAACCUAUAACUAGUUAAAAUACAAUGCUAAAUUUGGGGGUAUAGAUUUCGUGGAUUUGCAGACUAGCUCCUAGUUUAUAAACCUUUACUAGUCUAGAAGUGUGGGAAUUAAGGCUAGCAAACCCUGCAGUUAGAUGUACAUAUGGCCAGCAGUUUGUCAGUGCAGGACUAGUUGUGGUAAUAGUUGGCCUUUUUUUUUUUUUUUAUAAAGUGCAGAAAUUCUGUGUAAUACUUUGUUGGGUUAGGGAGAGUAGCAGCCCUUACUUUUAUUUAUACUAGUUUGAUAGGUUUUGACAAACUACUUUAGAGGAGGAGAGUUCAGUGGGAGGACAAUUUAAAUUACAUGCAUGCCAACCUGUUAGCUGAGCAAUAUGAACACAUUUUAGUUGAUAGUAGUUUGUCAGGUCAGUACCAACUGUUGUACAUAGCUGGUAAAUAGACAAUUAGUGUAUACAGGUAAGCAAGACUAGCUGCUGUGUGCUGUAGUUUGUUGGGUCGAGACUAGCAGUUACAGGUAUAGAUGCCUGUUGGGUUAGAAGUUGUGUAAAGGAACUAGGUUAGGAAGGGUAGUUAUGUGCUGAUAUUGAGUAGCUAAAGAUAGAAUAUUAACAUUAGCAGUAAGGAGGAAGUUGUGAGGUCCUUAGGCAACUAAUAUGCUUAAGGUGUCUGGAAAGUCACAGGCAGAGAGCACUGGGACUCAGGAACUACUGGAUGCUAUGUCCAAUGACCAAAUGCACCUGGUCCGCUUUAUUGUUGAUGCUCUGGAUGGAAAGAUAGUUAACACACGUGGGGGAGAGUUGAGCCGGACGCCACUUAUCUGCAGCGCUCUUCUCCCGGAACAGCGGGCCCGACAGCGCUACAUGCAGCUCCUCCUGGACAAGGGUGCGGAAGUGAACAGCCGGGACCGAGCAGGUCGCACCGCACUCAGCUAUUCCUGUGAGAGAGGACAUCUACAGGAGGUGAAACUGCUGGUGCAACGUGGAGCCGACCCAGAGCUGUCUGACUUGUGGGGAAACACUGCCCUCAUUUAUGCGUCAGUGUCUGGACAUGCCACGGUCUUGGACUUCCUAGCCAGAGCAUUUAAAAGGCUAGGCUUACAGAUUGACCGAGCCAACCGUGUGGGCAAUUCCGCUUUGGAUGUGGCAAGAUACCUUGGACACAGGGACUGUGAGCUUGCGCUGAGUGGGGGUAAUUGUGGAUAUAAAACAGAGGAUCGUCACCUCUCUCGAGUCACCUGGAAUGAGCUACAGAAUGGGUCCCACGGAUCUACCCAUCAUUUGCUUUUGGGAAGGAGUCGUUCACUGGCCUCUCACCGACACAUUGAUUCAAUGGACUCUAUAGAGGAGGAAGACGGAGACAAAGGCAGUUGCUCCUCAAGCUCUUCUGGACUUGGGUUUUCCAAUGUGCUGAACCCUAGGCCACGUUCCUGGAGUCUUCAGUAUGGGGGCCAUAUUGGGGAGCACAAGGAGCUUGGCCUGCACCUACCAGCACUUAGCAGUGCAUCCAUCCAAAUUUCCACCAGCCUCUAUUCUCCACGGCCUGGGAAACAGCAUGUACCUGCCCUCACUCCCCUACCGGGACCACUAGGCAUUCUAUUGACACCACUGUCUGCUAACCCUCAUUCUGCCUCUCAAGGAACUGAAGACCAAUUUCCUGGGUGUUUAAAAGACCCAAGUCUUCGAAGAUUUAAUGAUACUUAUUACCGAAAGAGAAGCAGCCUUCCUUCCACUCUACUGGCUCCAGUGCCACCAGACAGAGAGCUUCUAGGAUCACGCACAAAGGACACUACAAGUUGUAAGCCUGCUGCUUCGUCAAGUAACCCGUUUACUGUACUGGGGAACAAGCUAUUAAGACGCUUCACAUUUCCAGAAUUCAAAAAGCAGCAAGCACCAGCUAGAAGCAGUGGAAAGGGCUCUUCUGCCACCAAGGCAACUGGACCUAGAGUGAUGGCAAGGUCAGAAACUUUUCCUGUGGGCAAAAACCACCCACAAGUGGUCAGCAAGCCCAGUGUAGACAGCAUCAGCAGCGUGAAGUGUGAAUUUGAUUUCCAGCAGCAGAAUAGCUCUUCUUGAUCUAAUACUCUGCCAAAACAGAACCAUUUCUCUGACUCUAAAAAAGAAUCCAAAAAAAACUGCCUAAAUUCUAUUUUAUAAGACCCUAAAAAGGUUAUCUCAUGUCCUGUAGACAAAAAAAAAAAAAACAUUUUUGAAAACGAAAUCCCUGGAAAAAUCUGAAAAUGCUUGUUUAAAUUCGAAUGUAUGACAAUACAUGGAAUUAUUCAGUAUUCUUGGAUUUGUGGAGAAUUGACAAGGAAACUGAAAAUUGUGUGACAAAACUGAGACAGAUUUUGAUUGGGAUCUAUCAGUUUUGGCCUACAAUCUGCCGUCUCCUUGUAAAUGUUCUACAAUUCCUGAUUCAGUGGGGGAAAAAAAACACAAUUUAAAAUUAGUAGAAUUCAUUUUAAAUGUGGAGUCACAGCAAAGAAAAUAUUUUUCAUAUUUGCUCUUACAACAUUUCCUUUUGACUAUUUAACUGCCAUAUUGUUAUUUUGGCUGGGACUAAGGGUAAUCCAAAGAUGCAUUUUAUUUAGGAAGAAUCUAAAAUAUAUAUAUAUUUUUUAAUUAUAUAUGCUCCUUAUUUUUAGAUAACUGACCAUACUUGCUCCACUUGUUUUUAUUUAAAUGCUUAUUUAAUUGUUUAAAUCAUUUAAAAUCCACUAGAAAACAUUCAGAAUAUAAUUCAGCGCUGGGACUAAUCCUCCUUGCCUGAUCCUUCUCCAGUGAAAUCACUAAGGCUGAUUACUUUUUUCUAAUCAAAUGUGUUUAAAAAAAACAACAACAUUGAGGAUACUCAGUGCACGCCUGGCAAUUACAGCAAUCCACCAAUCCAAUUAACAUAGUCUACUAAUUAAUCUAUCCAUUGGACACACACAGUGUCUGGUGUCCACAAACAUCACUGGAAGUCAAAAUUAGUAAAUAACAGAAUCUUGUCCAGUAUGGAACCCUGUUUGCUUUUCUGAAUGUCACCAGUAGGUGUAGAAAUGGCAAAAUUGUAAAUAGUUCUGUUUAUCAGAAAUGUCAAGGGAAAUGCUGACAGGGGUUGCAUCUGUCCGUCUAUGUCACUCAAUAAGAUGCAGAUAGUUUGAUGCAUAGACUGUCCCUUUAAUGUAAAAGCCAUGCGUUUACCUAUCCUUGUACAGUACAUCCAAACAUGUAAACACACAUGUAAAUUAUCAGACUGUAUCUCAGGCUUCUAGAAUGGAUUUAUUUUAGGCAUUUUAUUUUGAUACUAUUAUAUUAUUUUAGGCACAAUUCUUUCUUAAUGACUUAUUUGAAGUUGAACGGUUAUUCCAGCCACCAUGAAACUUUCUGCUUUUAGAAGUGUUUACAGUAGAACGAGUCUGUACAUGCAGCCAUUUUCCUUGAAACACAGCGCAUACAGAGAUAUUUGCACUUUGUACUGGGAGCUAAUUGCAACCUCGGCAAUUGUGUCUAUUGUCAGCGCACACUGCAUGUUGGUGGUAGACAUUCUCAGCUUGUCCCCUUGCAGGCAGCCCUGGAGUGUGUCUACAAAAGAAAUCUUGAUAACACUUCCUCCAUGUGCUCCCUCCUUACCUCCCUUCAUUUACACUUAGGCUUUUUUGUUUACAUUAUCCGCUGUCAUGUCUAUAUUUUUACUCCCUCCCCUCGCUGGCUCCGCAAAUGCGCUCUGAGCUGGUGGAACGGUGCAAUCAAAUACCUGUCUAUGAGAAACAUCUGACUGUACCGCGUGAGGGAGGCAGUGAAAGAUGGGGUGUGUUGAAUUCUGCAUGGGGGUCUUGCUCAGCGCUGGAUUUCAGGUACGCCUAUUGGUUAUUUUUAAAAUUAUAAGCAAUGCCCAAUAUAGCAUUAUAAAUUAAAAAAAAAUAAGGUUGGAGCCACCCAUUAAAAAAAACACUAUAGCGCUACGAACACAAACAUGCAUUCCUAACGCCAUAGUGUUAAAAUACCUUUUGGAUUAUUGCCCACUCAGCAACUAAAAAGAGUUUUGCUUCCCUUUACUACCCUUGCCGCUGACAAAACACCACACUAGUUGGUAAAUCGAGAGCGUGCAAUGAAGGUUUGUUAGCAGAAUGUGUUUUAGUAUAUUUUGUGUCAUGGUUUUAAACGGGGUCAUUUUACAAAUCAGAGUUACUGCAGUGUACAUUAUGCAAGCACCUGUAACAAAGUUUAUAUAUCACUGUGUUAAGGCAACAUACGAGUGCACAAUAUAAUACUGUGAAAAAGAUUAUGGCUAAACGUUGUCAAUAAAUAAAACGUGGAAUAUUUUGUUCAUUUGAAAUUGUUACAGUUGGUUUCUUCCGUAUGUUGUUACUAUGAUACAUAUGUACAGUAUAUGUCAUUGAUAAUAACUUGUAUGCAACCGAUAUAUUGUACUGACAGAGGAUUUACCGUGAGCUAUUAGUUUAGGAUGAUAUGUAUGUAUUACAUACAUUAAAUUAUAGAUGCAAUCCUUGCUCCACCUGUGUUGACUGUUAUUUUAGAGCAAAAAAAGAUUAAAGGACCACUAAAGUGCCAGGAAAACAUACUCGUUUUCCUGGCACUAUAGUGCCCUGAGGGUGCCCCCACCCUCAGGGUCCCCCUCCCGCCGGGCUGGAUGGAGAGGAAGGGGUUAAACUUACCUCUUUCUCAAGUGCCGGGCGGGGAGCUCUCCUCCCUCUUCUCCUCCUCUUCGGCUGAAUGCGCAUGCGCGGCAGAAGCCGCUCGCGCGUUCAGCCAGUCCAUAGGAAAGCAUUGACAAUGCUUUCCUAUGGACGCUGGCGUUUUCUCACUGUGAUUUUCACAGUGAGAAGCACGCAAGCGCCUCUAGCGGCUGUCAAUGAGACAGGCACUAGAGGCUGGAUUAACCCUAACAUAAACAUAGCAGUUUCUCUGAAACUGCUAUGUUUAUAUAAAAAGGGGGGGCGGGGGGGUUAAUUUAAUUCAUGAUUCUGGAUUUUAAGGAACCAAAUAGAGUUAUUACAGCAUAGUAGGACGGUCCAUAGUGGAGUGCAUUCCUUCACAUUAUCAGAUUCAAAUUAUCUUCAAAUGAUAGAUUUAUUUAUCAAUUGUAAAUGUGAACAUAAAAGAGGUUUUUCAGAAAUAUUUAACUUGUCUUGCCUCCUGAAGUAUGGUAAAUAGAACAGCUUUUAUUUUACUAGUCACUAUGGCCGCAGUGAUUAAAGCAAGCCUAUAUUUUAAGGAAAUAAAAUAUUAAGGAAAAAUCUCCUUAAAUCCUGACAGUAAUUUUUGUAAUGCUGUUAGUUGGUAAAUAUGAUUAAAGUAUUCAUAUAGUCAUAUUUCAAGCUGCAAAAUCUUGGUGUAUCCUAUUUAUAAAUUAUAUAAAUUGUCAGAAGGUUUACAUUUUUGCAUCUAUUUGCCAUAUGUUUCAAAGAGGUUUAUUUUAUUAUUUUUUUUUUACUUAUUAAUGAUAAAUAAUCCUAAUAUUAUAUUGUAUAAUGCAGUUAAUAAAUCAAAAAAUAUAACAAACAGCAUCAUUAGAUUUGAAGGAUUUUAUAACGUAAGGUCAUCAAUACAAAUUAACUUUGGAACUUGGUUACAACAGCAUUAUAAAAAGAAACACAUUUACAUAAGAAUAUAAAAAAAAUGUUCUACAGCAAACAAAUAUGCAAUGAUCAAUUUAAAAGGAGAAUAUCAUGUUUUAAAUGAAUAGGAGUGUGUAUAAAUACAAUAAUCAAUGCAAUUGGUAUCACAACCUUUUUUUUUUUUUUUUUUUUUAUCAAUGCCAAUAAGAGAAAUACAUUUCAUCAUAUGUAAAUGAUGUAAACUUAUGCUACAAGAAUAUACGUGUAAGUUGCUUUGUUGUCAUGUUUCAACCCCUUUAAGAUGCAAAUGACCAUCCAGUUUAUACCUGAAAAAUCAAAACAAUAAAGGCAAUAUAUUUUGUGUUG